AUGCCAUCAUCCAAAAUCUUACUAUUGAACCUUGUACUUCUAUUUCAACUAUGGAUACUACCCAUGAUCACGGAUGCUGCCACUGCAUCGUUAAGCUGCAACAGACCAUGUCAAGACAUCAAUCGAGAUCCCAUUCCAGCAGGCUCAAAGCUUGAUCUGACCUGGCAAUUUGCGAAUCAUUACCUACCAGAGCGCUUUGAUAUUGUCCUUGCAUGGGGAUUACGAACAAAUGCACUUAAUACGCUAAUCACGUACCUGGAUUAUGAGAAGCCUACACAAGAUGCCCAAGCGGAUACGUACAAAACAUCAUUGACAUUGCCACCCAAAUUACCUUCUGGAGACUACUAUUGGAUCAUUUUGACUCCAUAUGAUGCGGCCAACUACAGCGAUUAUACAACGAAUUUUGGGCCAUACACUGUGUAUGGAUCAGACGAAGCAAUGAACAAGACGAGGGGACCUUCUUAUCCAUUCGAAUUGGAUGUCCAAUGUAGUGGUGGCAAGUGUGGACAAGGUGGAAACACUAUUGAAAUGGGCGGACCAUUGCUUGUGAGUUGGUCGUACGAAGAUACCUUUCGCAUGGCGCUCUACUGGGGCAGCCCCGAUAUCCUUGGCGAAACGGCUACAGCUGUGGUGCAGCUAUUUCCUAGUCUCAAUUGCACAAAGGAUAGGAAAUACGGCGUAUCCAUAUCAACACAAAGCAUUCUCAAUCUCGUUCCUCCAGGACCUUAUUAUUAUAUUGCGGUAGAAUCAACAUCAUCCUCCAAUGUACGUUCGUUGGCAGGCCCUUAUACUAUCAAGAGCUCAGCAGCUGGUGGUGGAGGUGGGGGUACAAGCGAUGCAAGCAAAUCAUGGUCAUCAUCUUCUUUUUUUACUCCUUUGAUAUUCACUUUUAUGAUUCUAAUCAUCAAUUACUUUAUUCAAUAA